AGCCGCCCGGGGUUGUGGGGCGCUGUGUCAGCACUCCGGGCUUUCUUUGCGGGUUACAUAAGGCCCUGGAGUGGCGGGAAGAAGGGGGCGUGGGGAGGCUCGGCUGGGACCGGCGGCGAGGUGGGGCACCGCGCGUGGGGGAGCUCAGGGCGCGGCGGAGUCGGGUUUCAGUGCGCGGGUGACUCAGGCGCGGGCGGCAGCCGGGAUCCUGCGGUCGCCGCCGAGCGCCGCCUUUGUUCCGCAGGAGAAGCCGAGUUGGGGUCCGGCGGCUGCACCAUGGCACCCAGGAGGACCGCGCAGGGCCAGCGCCCGCGGUGGCUGCUCUCCAUCCUCUCCUCUGCGCUGCUCUCCGCUGUCCUGCAGACGCGCGCAGCGACAGGGUCAGCCUCCCAGGACCAUCUGGACCUCACAGAGCUCAUCGGUGUUCCAUUACCCUCUUCCGUGUCCUUUGUCACUGGCUAUGGUGGUUUCCCGGCUUACAGCUUUGGGCCUGGUGCCAAUGUUGGCCGCCCAGCCAGGACCCUCAUCCCACCUACCUUCUUCAGGGACUUCGCCAUCGGUGUGGCAGUGAAGCCUAGCAGUGCCCAGGGAGGCGUGCUCUUUGCAAUUACUGACGCUUUCCAGAAAGUCAUCUACCUGGGUCUGCGUCUUUCCGGUGUGGAGGAUGGCCACCAGCGGGUUAUCCUGUACUACACGGAACCAGGCUCCCAUGUGUCCCGUGAAGCUGCAGCCUUUUCAGUGCCCGUGAUGACCAACAGGUGGAAUCGUUUUGCUGUGACUGUCCAGGGCGAGGAAGUGGCCCUUCUCGUGGACUGUGAGGAACACAGCCACGUCCUUUUCCAGCGAUCUUCCCGGCCUCUGACUUUCGAGCCCAGUGCUGGGAUCUUUGUGGGCAAUGCAGGAGCCACGGGACUGGAGAGAUUUACGGGCUCCAUACAGCAGCUCACCAUCUAUACUGACCCCAGGACCCCUGAGGAGCUGUGUGAAGCCCAAGAGUCCUCGGCAUCUGGAGAAGCCAGUGGGCUUCAGGAGAUGGAUGAAGUCGCUGAGAUCAUGGAAGCUGUCACCUACACUCAAGCCCCGCCUAAAGAAGCACACGUUGAUCCCAUAAACAUGCCUCCUACUUCAUCCUCUCCUGCUGAGGACAUGGAGCUUUCUGGUGAACCUGUGCCAGAAGGAACCCCGGAAACCAACUUGAACAUCACUGGGCAUAGCAGCCCUGAGCAAGGGUCUGGUGAGAUUCUGAAUGACACACUGGAGGUCCAUGCUGUGGAUGGGGACGCCAGUGGUUCAGGGGAUGGGGCCUUGUUGAAUAUCACUGACGGUCAGGUGUUAUCAGCAACAGCAACUGGGGAGGCCAAGGUGCCUGUCACCGCUACCCUGGAAGCAGAGAUUGGCAGUGUGCCUCCUGGGAGCCCCACCCUAGCCAUGUCCACCCAGAACUCCAGGGAAGUGGGCACUCCAGAUCCAGAGAAUGAAGAAAAUCCAGCAACAGCAGCAUCGGGGGAUGGCGAGGUGCCCACCGGCACUGCUGGGGGUGCAGAGGCUGGCACCAUGCCUACUGCAGGGCCAACCCUAUCCAUGCUUACCCAGAAGCCAAGAGAAGAGGCCACUCUGGGUCCAAACGGUGAAGAAUGGCUAACCCCAGCUGUGUCCAAAGUGCCCCUCAGUGCUUUUGAGGAAGAGGAAGCCAGCGGGACUGCCACCGACAGCCUGGAUGCCUUCACACCCACAGUGGUCCUUGAGCAAGCCAGCGAGGUCCCUACAGACAUUCAGAAUGCUCUCACACCCACAGUGGUCCUUGAGCAAGCCAGCAGGAGUCCAACAGACAUCCAAGCCACUCUCACACCCACAGUGGCCCCUGAGCAAGUGUUUACUUCUGCACCUGCUGAUGGAGAAGACUUGGUAGCUGCCACAGAGGAAGCUGAAGAGGAGGGGUCUGGCCUCACACCCCCCAGUGGGCCUCCGCUCCCCACACCUACAGUGAUUCUCGAGAGGCAGGUCACUCUGGUAGGAGUGGAGGCCGAGGGCUCUGGCCCUGUUUGGCCCCUGGAUGUGGGCUCAGGCUCUGGAGACAUUGUGGGCAAUGAGGAUCUGUUGAGAGGUCCUCCAGGCCCCCCAGGCCCACCUGGAUCACCUGGGAUUCCAGGAAAACCAGGAACUGAUGUUUUCACGGGACCCCCUGGCUCUCCGGGAGAGGAUGGACCCACAGGGGAGCCAGGACCUCCGGGCCCCGAGGGACAGCCUGGACUUGAUGGAGCCUCUGGCAAGCCUGGGAUGAAAGGAGAGAAGGGAGCAAGAGGACCUAACGGCUCCGUCGGCGAGAAGGGAGACCCUGGCAACCGAGGCUUACCAGGGCCCCCAGGGAAAAACGGGCAAGUUGGUACUCCUGGGGUCAUGGGACCACCAGGGCCUCCAGGACCCCCUGGACCCCCAGGUCCUGGAUGUACAACAGAACUUGGAUUUGAGGACAUCGAAGGUUCGGGCGACAGCCAGCUACUGAGCAAACCCAGAAAACCGGGGCCCUCCUCUCCAAGUGGUCCCAAAGGAGAAAAAGGAGAACAAGGACCCAAGGGUGAACGGGGAAUGGACGGAACGAGCACUGUGGGGCCCCCUGGGCCCAGGGGGCCACCUGGGCGUGUCGAGGUCCUGUCCAGUUCUUUGUUCAACGUCACUAAUGGAUUCAUGAAUUUCUCGGACAUUCCUGAACUUGCGGGACCUCCGGGGCCGGACGGUGUCCCCGGGCUGCCAGGAUUUCCAGGCCCUAGAGGACCAAAAGGUGACACUGGUGUGCCUGGAUUCCCAGGUCUAAAAGGAGAACAGGGCGAGAAGGGCGAGCCGGGUGCUAUCCUGACAGGGGACAUUCCUCUGGAAAUGGUGAAGGGGAGAAAGGGUGAACCUGGAAUGCAUGGAGCCCCAGGACCCAUGGGACCCAAAGGACCACCAGGACACAAAGGAGAAUUUGGCCUCCCAGGACGACCUGGUCGCCCAGGAUUGAAUGGUCUCAAGGGUGCCAAAGGAGAUCGAGGGAUCAUGAUGCCGGGUCCACCUGGCCUACCUGGACCCCCAGGACCCCCAGGACCCCCUGGAGCUAUGGUGAACAUCAAAGGUGCUGUUUUCCCAAUACCUGCCCGGCCACACUGCAAAACGCCAGUUGGUACUGCUCACCCUGGCGACCCAGAGCUUGUCACUUUCCACGGUGUGAAGGGAGAGAAGGGGUCCUGGGGCCUUCCCGGCUCGAAAGGAGAAAAGGGGGACCAAGGAGCCCAAGGACCACCAGGUCCUCCAGUUGAUCCAGCUUACCUGAGACAUUUUCUCAACAGCUUGAAGGGGCAGAAUGGAGAUGCAGCCUUCAGAGGAGAGUCCAGCGACAACCUCUUUGUAUCUGGGCCUCCAGGCCAACCAGGACAUCCAGGCCUGGUUGGCCAGAAAGGAGAGGCUGUUGUGGGGCCCCAGGGGCCCCCAGGAGUUCCAGGCCUGCCUGGGCCACCUGGCUUUGGGAGACCUGGUGUCCCUGGACCACCGGGACCCCCUGGGCCACCAGGACCUCCUGCCAUCCUGGGUGCAGCCGUGGCUCUUCCAGGCCCACCUGGCCCUCCAGGACAGCCAGGACUCCCAGGAUCCAGAAACUUGGUCACGGCACUCAGCGACAUGGGUGACAUGCUGCAGAAAGCACACUUGGUCAUAGAGGGAACGUUCAUUUACCUGAGGGACAGUGGAGAGUUCUUCAUCCGUGUCCGAGAUGGUUGGAAAAAAUUACAGUUGGGAGAACUGAUCCCCAUCCCUGCUGACAGCCCCCCACCACCAGCGCUUUCCAGCAAUCCAUACCAGCCACAGCCUCCACUGAACCCCAUUUUAAGUGCCAAUUAUGAGAGACCUGUCCUGCAUCUGGUUGCUCUGAACACGCCGGUGGCCGGGGACAUCCGAGCCGACUUCCAGUGUUUCCAGCAGGCCAGGGCUGCAGGACUGCUGUCCACCUUCCGAGCUUUCCUGUCAUCCCAUUUACAGGAUCUCUCCACAGUUGUGAGGAAAGCAGAGAGAUUCAGCCUUCCCAUUGUGAACCUCAAGGGCCAAGUUCUUUUUAACAAUUGGGACUCAAUAUUUUCUGGCGACGGGGGUCAGUUCAAUACACACAUUCCGAUAUACUCCUUUGAUGGUCGAGACGUGAUGACGGACCCUUCCUGGCCCCAGAAAGUCAUUUGGCAUGGAUCCAACCCCCGUGGUGUCCGUCUUGUGGAUAAGUACUGUGAAGCCUGGCGAACCACGGAUAUGGCAGUAACGGGAUUUGCCUCGCCACUGAGCACAGGGAAGAUUCUGGACCAGAAAGCUUAUAGCUGUGCUAAUAGGCUAAUCGUCCUAUGUAUUGAAAACAGUUUCAUGACAGACGCUAGGAAGUAAUAGCCUUCCCAUGAUUCUCAAAGAGUUUUCUAAUUUUUCUUAUGUGAAGAGUUGACACUGAAGUCUAAAAUGUUGUAAAUAUUGUAAGUUUUUUUUUUUUUAUAUUACACAUUUGUCAAAAGAGAAACCAAAGAAAACAUACCUCAGUAUGCUCAAAAGGAAAGACACAAGGGACUCAGAUCCAAGUCAAAUCCAAUCCACAUAUUGGUGCUAGAUUCUGCAGGAAGCCCCGGCAGUGUGAACACAUCCCGACAGAGUAGGGCAAUCUGAAAACAGAGGCCAGAGUGACUGAUUGCCCAGUGCAUUCUUCAGAAAGAAUUCCUUCCUUCCAACCAUGACUAUUGAGUGUAAGAUGUCCUUCAUGUUUGCUUACAAGGUCAGCUUUUAGACACAUAGCCCCUCCCUAAGUGCUUGGUGAUUCCAUAUACAUCCAUCCGUCCAGAGAAAGGGACCUGCUCGAAAGAUCCCAUUCAUAUUUUCUUCUAUCAGGCUUUAAUACGGUUCCCUUUAAAAUACUAUUGCCAUCAUGCUGUAGAGUUUUGCAUGUUUACCCAAUCAUAGUUGAGCGUGGCAUCUGUUUAUGUAGUUCUGGCUUGCUGGGAAAGUUGAGACUCCAGGAAAGAAACAGCACAUAAUCAUUACCUUUCUUUCCCUUGCUAGUCCUCCUUCCCAUCUCCCACCCCAAUUUUACGAUUUCCAUUUAGCAAGUCUUGAAUUACGACUGCAGCUGAAACAGAUCCGUUGAGAUGAGUUUCCUGAAAAGUCUGUAUCAUUGUGCUGUAGGCUUUGCUAUCUUUUUCCAUGUAAGAACAUAAAGACAUCUUUUCCAGG